AUGUUUGACUUUAACAGACCUGAAAUAUCGAAGGUCAUUUAUUACCAUGUGCCCAAGACUGAUGUUCAGGGAGCGGACAGAGAGACAAUGAAGAUGAUGACGGAGAACUGUGAAAGUGGAGACGACUUCAGGACACAGACAGACUCAAAUACAAACAGACAACAACCACUUCAGUCUACAGGAAGUGAGCGUUUGAGGAUGAGAAGUUACAGAUCAGUUACAGUGUGUUUGGUGCUGCUGUGUGUUCUUCUACUGACUGCAGUCAUGGGGCUGUGUGUCCUCAUCAAUACAAACAAUCACCAGUUUAACAUCAAGAACAAAAACAUCACAGAAGAGAGAGACCAGCUACUAACCAAAUAUACCAACAUCACAGAAGAGAGAGACCAGCUACUAACCAAAUAUACCAACAUCAACAAAGAGAGCGACCAGCUCCUAACCAAAUAUACCAACAUCACAGAAGAGAGAAAUGAAUUAAUAGCCAAGAAUAAUGAUUGUAGUUAUCAACUUAAACUGUUGAAUGAGAAGAAAAAUAAACUGUUGACACAUAUUUGCGAUGGAUGGAUUUACUAUCAGUAUAGCUGUUAUUUUAUUUCAACUGAGGGGAAGAACUGGACUGAGAGCAGACAAGACUGUAUAGAGAGAGGAGCAGAUCUGAUCAUCAUUAACAACAAAGAGGAACAAGAUUUUAUUAAGAAUGCUGGCAUACAAAACAUCUGGAUUGGUUUGUCUGACAUUGAUGAGGAGGGCAGAUGGAAAUGGGUUGAUAACAGCACACUGACCACUAGAUUCUGGAGGUCUGGAGAACCCAAUGGUGGUAUAAGAGAGAACUGUGGUGAAUCUUAUCCAUCAGCGUGGAAUGAUUUGCGAUGUGAUAAGCUUCUAAAAUGGAUUUAUUUUGGAGGUCUGGAGAACCCAAUAGUGGAUCAGGAGAGAACUGUGCUUUGUCUGAUAAUUCAGGAUGGUAUGAUUAUUCAUGUAAAAGAGCUUAUAAAUGGAUCUGAUUUUAAGUGUAACUUGGGUGAGGGCGAAUACUGGAUUGGUUUAACUGACAGUAAUGAGGAGGGCAGAUGGAAAUGGAUUGAUAACAGCACACUGAACUCUGGGUGA